AUGUUUCUUUUCAAUCUCUCAGUACACGAAGGAAUGCAAAAGGAUUGCCGAGAUUGUUUAGGUAUCCGAUACCGUAUUAACUCCCUGGAUCAAACGUGGAAGUGGUUGCAUCAAACAAUUACUCUUCACGAUUAUUUGAUUUCUAUAACUGCCAGUCAGUCAAACUUUUCAAAAAAGUAUUGUCAGUAGACCUGCUAUCUAUAGACAGAA